AUGGAUUCCAAAGAAGUUUUAGACUGGGGCGAAUCUGGCUCCGACUUAUCCUCGAAGAGUGGUUGUAAUAGGCCUGUAUCCAGUGAUGACUCGAAAGUGGCUUGUUCGGAUAACGAAAACGAUGACCAACCGAAGUUGAAACAACGGCGUAGUCGCACCAACUUCACCCUUGAGCAACUAAAUGAACUUGAGCGGUUAUUCGACGAGACCCAUUAUCCGGAUGCCUUCAUGAGGGAGGAACUGAGCCAGCGACUGGGGCUUUCAGAGGCCAGGGUUAAGGUCUGGUUUCAAAAUCGCCGUGCAAAAUGCCGAAAGCAAGAACGCCAAAUGCAGAAAGCCGGCAUAAUGCUUACCUGCUCAGGCAAUAUGCCCCAGCUAGACGCUUGCCGAGUUUCGCCCUUCCUCAACAUGUCGACCAUUCGCCAGCCGCUCGACCGCCGGCAUUUCCCGCCAUUCCUACCCUACUUCCCGCUUACAUCCGCUCACGGUCUGCCGCUGCACCCGAUGUUGCUUUAUCGACAUCACUACGCGGCUGUGGCGCUCAAUUACGCAUCACUUCCGGUGGAGAGCGGCUUCAAGGCUACGAAGACGACAAGCAUAGCGGAUCUGCGUCUGAAGGCUCGCCAGCAUCUGGCCUCACUUGGCCUCUCAAAUAUUUAG